AGGUAGUAACAGCUUCCUGCAUAUGGAACCCAGUGACUGGGGCAGAAGCUGGGCUGGUCUUUGUCUGUGGAGAGAGACCCAAAGAGGCGCUGCUCUCCCAUUUCGAGGCUUUUGCAGCAUUGAGGGUUGCACAGCUCUACAAUGCUGAGGAGGUCGGCUCCCUGCUGCUGGCAGCUCUUCCUGGCCUGAUGCCAGGUCAACACUGACUCUGUCCAUCUGAGCGACCUUCCUCCGUGCAUUCAGCAUACCACUUCUCCUCAAUCUUAAAUGGGAACUGACAUGGUCCUCCAAAGGCAUUGCCCCCGAUUGUGAAAACCUCUGAGGAGACACAGAUCCUGAAGUAAGUAGUAACAGCUUCCUGCAUAUGGAACCCAGUGACUGGGGCAGAAGCUGGGCUGGUCUUUGUCUGUGGAGAGAGACCCAAAGAGGCGCUGCUCUCCCAUUUUGAGGCUUUUGCAGCAUUGAGGGUUGCACAGCUCUACAAUGCUGAGGAGGUCGGCUCCCUGCUGCUGGCAGCUCUUCCUGGCCUGAUGCCAGGUCAACACUGACUGUGGCUGGUCUUGGCCAUGGCAAUGAUGCGUUUCUACAUCCAGAAAGGCACACACAAGGGUCUGUACAGAAGUAUAGCCAGAACGCUCAAGUUUUUCCAGACUUUUGCAUUAGUAGAGGUGGGACACUGUGCAUUAGGGAUUGUGAGGACUUCUGUGAUUGUAACCGGGGUGCAAGUGUGUUCACGGAUCUUUAUGGUUUGGUUCGUCACCAACAGCAUCAGACAGAUCCAGAAUGAAGAAAGCGUAAUCCUAUUCCUGGUUGUGUGGACGAUGACAGAGAUCACCAGAUAUUCCUACUACACAUUCAACCUGCUCCGCCACCUGCCAUACUUCAUCAAAUGGGCCAGAUACAACCUCUUCAUCGUCCUGUACCCUCUGGGAGUCGCCGGAGAACUGCUGACCAUUUAUGCUGCUCUGCCGUUCGUACGCAGAUCUGGGAUGUACUCCAUGAGGCUCCCCAACAAGUAUAACGUGUCGUUCGACUACUACUACUGCCUCAUCAUCUUCAUGUUGUCCUACAUCCCGCUGUUUCCUCAGCUCUUCUUCCACAUGCUGCGGCAGAGGAGAAGGGUGCUUCACGGGGAGGUCAUAGUGGAGAAGGACGACUAGACUAGCCACCACCUCCUGCCUCCACCACCACCACCACCACCGUCCCCUCCCCCACUUCAUCUCCACCUCAUCCGUAGCACCAUCGGCCGGUACAUUCUUCAUUGCACAGAUGACGACAGAUAAUGACAUCUGACGAGAGCGAUAAUCCGGAAGAAAGGAGUUCACCAGGACUGAUAAUAAUAAUAACCGAUUCCUAUCUGAAUGGUCAUGUUGUAAAAGUGUUUACAGUCUGACAGAAGCCCGACAUCGAGUCCUUUAUUCGCCUUUACGCCGCUCCUUGUUGCACGGAAACACACACGAGUCACAACACCUGUCCGAAGGAGUAAAAGGUAAACGAGAAGCUUCCAGGGAAACGUGAUACAAGGGAGGAAGAUUGAAAGUCAUCCCCCAAUUGGCAGUUGCAUUCAUUUUUUAAAAAGUAUUCCACAAAGAUAUUUUAUACAGUUGCAUGACUGUACGAAAGAAACAAGGUACAAAAAGAGAAAAUAUUCAUAGUUCUAUCAUACGUCAACAAUAAAUCUACAUUUAGACAAUAUGCUGCUGCUUUUGUGUACGUUUGUAAAUGAUGCAAUGUGGAGUGAGCGGUUCGUAGUAGGCAUAUUUCUUAAAGAUAAUUUAUUCACAUACUGUGUCACUUAGAGCUCAAACUUAACUUCUCCGAUUGGCUCCUGCCUUCUAUGUUGCUUUGAUGUUUACUUUGUCAAAUUAAUUAAAUUAAUUUGAGUCUUCAAAAAGUAGCAGUUUAUCUCCUGGCCGCCGUAGGUGAGACUUCAUUUCAGAUUUUCGUGAGCACUCGCAGUCUUCAGUCGUGUUUUGUUUUUUCACAUAAAGAAUCUCAUGUGCGUGUUGAUAGAAAGGUGGUUCGAUUCCCUCCAGUAAAAGGUGCUAAUGUGAGAUUAUUUCAAUCUUCUGUGUUUGGAGUUGACAUAAAGCAGAAAACAGGACGUGAAAGGAUUGAGAGGUGUUGUGUAGCUCAUGGUUAUUGAAGAAAAUCAACAUGUUGCGAUAAUCUGGGUUAGAGAGAAGAAAAAAGAAAAGUCAAUGUCACAAAAAUCUCUUUUUAAGAACAAAACAAUAGAAAUUUGAAAAUACCUUUUUGUGCAAAAAUUAAUAAACUAAAUUCUUCAACACCGUGGAGGGUUUUGUGAUGACCUUCACAGUCAUGCAGACAGAUAAACCAUCUGACACCAACUUUGUUUAUCUGGAUCUGCAUACAAAAUGUUAUAUAAAACAACAAAUACAAACAUCUUCUGGUUCUUUACAUAUUUAUUUGUGAAUGUUUCCUUCAUCUUUGUAGUGUUGUUUAAACUGUUUUUCUUAACAGGAAACAGUACCUGAGUGUAGAAAAUGGCACAUUUUAUAUUUGUAGGUGUGCUCCACAGAUGUAUAUUCAAAAACACAUUAUCUGAAAUAGUGAAAAAUAAAUCUCAUAAUCACAAAAUACUGUAUCAUACAUAGAGUAUUAAACUGUAACAGUGCAGUCUUGACUGUAUGGUAUGACUGUGUGUAUGACUUCUGGACUCUGUAAAGCGACUUCAGGUGACUUGAGAAGCGCUAUAUAAAAUAAAUGAUUAUUAUUAUUAUUAAAACUCAAGCUGAAUGUGA